GCGACACCCACAAUUAAAGAUGAACUUUGCGUGAACUAAUUUAUCUGCGGGAGGAGAAGGUGACAGCCCGAGUUCUCCCUUCGCCUAUAAAAGGCGCCAAAGGGUCCGUCGGGAGCCUCACUCGCCGGGCUGACACUAAUCCAACAUGGCGCUCAGCACACUGCUGGCCACCUUCCUGUGCACCGUCGUGCUGCCACUUUUACUCUUCCUGGUGGCCCUCAAACUGUGGGAGGUCUAUCUGAUUCGCGGCAGAGACCCGAGCUGCCCCAGUCCGCUCCCUCCCGGCUCCAUGGGCUUACCUUUCUUCGGCGAGACGCUGCAGCUCAUCCUGCAGAGGAGGAAGUUUCUGCGCAUGAAGCGCCGGAAGUACGGCUACAUCUACCGGACUCACCUGUUCGGGAACCCCACCGUGCGCGUCACCGGAGGCGAUAACGUCAGGCAGAUUCUGCUGGGAGAACACAAGCUGGUGUCCGUGCAGUGGCCCGCGUCCGUGCGCACCAUCCUGGGCUCCGACACGCUGUCAAACGUCCACGGAGCGCAGCACAAAACCAAGAAAAAGGCCAUCAUGCGAGCGUUCUCCAGAGAAGCGCUGGAGCUUUACAUCCCAGUCAUCCAGGAAGAGGUGAGAGCUGCAGUAAAAGACUGGCUUGUGAGGGAUUCCUGUGUGCUGGUCUACCCGGAGAUGAAGCGUCUGAUGUUCCGCAUUGCCAUGAGGAUCCUGCUGGGCUUCGAGCCCGAACAGAUUCGCACUGAUGAGCAGCAGUUGGUGGAGGCGUUCGAGGAAAUGAUCAAGAAUUUGUUCUCCCUGCCAAUCGACGUUCCCUUCAGUGGCUUGUAUAGGGGACUGAAAGCGCGAAACUUCAUUCACUCAAAGAUCGAGGAGAACAUCAAGAAGAAGAUCCAAGACUCUGAGAAAGAGUCCAAACAUGGGGAUGCACUGCAGCAGCUGAUAGACAGCUGCAGGAAGAACGGAGAACCAUUCAGCAUGCAGGCCAUUAAGGAGUCUGCCACAGAACUGCUGUUUGGUGGCCAUGAGACCACUGCCAGCACAGCCACCUCUCUGAUCAUGUUCCUGGGCCUCAACCCUGAAGUGGUGGACAAACUCCGACAGGAGCUGAUUGACAAGGAAGAGGAAGGCAUGCAACUCCAGAGUCUGAACAUCGAGUCUUUGGAGCAAUUGAAGUACACGGGUUGUGUCAUUAAAGAGACUCUAAGGAUCAACCCUCCUGUUCCUGGAGGCUUCAGGGUGGCACUCAAGACCUUUGAACUUAAUGGCUAUCAAAUUCCCAAAGGCUGGAACGUCAUCUACAGUAUCUGUGACACGCACGACGUGGCGGAUAUCUUCCCCAACAAAGAAGACUUCCAGCCUGAUCGCUUCAUGACAAAAGCCUCGACCAGCUCGUCGAGGUUCCAGUACAUUCCUUUUGGCGGUGGGUCACGAAUGUGCGUGGGGAAGGAGUUCGCCAAGGUCCUGCUGAAGAUCUUCCUGGUGGAAGUGGUCACAAAGUGUCACUUUACGUUAUUAAACGGGCAGCCCAUGAUGAAAACUGGACCGACUGUUUACCCUGUGGACAAUCUGCCAACCAAGUUCAGCCACUAUGUUCAAAACUAGAAAUCACCUCAAAGCCACAAUUUGGAAGCACUCAGGUGUUCCUAGGAACCCCCUCAACUGUUGUAUAUAAGAAAGUUGCUCCCAUCCCAUGAUUUUUUUUUAUUAUUGGCAAAAAUAUGUACAUAAUGUAUAUAUUUGGAAUGUAUUUUAUAUUGUGAUACAGUGGAUUUGUAAACAAUUUUUAAAAGAUGAGAUCAAACUAAACAUGAGGCACUAUUCAGAUGUUGGAACACUUUAAUCAGUUCAGUGGUGUAUCUUUAGGAUCUUGUACAUAUGUAGAGUGAAUUUAUAUAACUUUUGUAUCUUCACCUUAUUUAAGUGACAUUAUAUUGAUGUUGGAUUUUUAUUUAAAAAUAAACUUUUU